GAGAACGAAAACCCCCUUAUACACGGAUCUUUGUUUUCUCCUAACCCCGCAACCAGACAGCAGAAAACUGGUAAAUUUUGAAAAAACCCGGAGGAUCAUAAACCCCGAAUUCCAAUCAAAAUCAGUAAUUUCUUUUUCUCUCUAUCUCACUGGCGCACACACAUAUACAAAAGUAUCCAAAUAUACAAUUUCAAUUUCAGAGUAACUAAUGGACGAAGGAGAAGGGGGUUUAAGCUUUGAUUUCGAGGGCGGCUUAGACACUGGGCCGACACACCCAACUGCUUCCGUACCAGUAAUGACACAAUCUUCCGAUCACAACAUUGCCGCGGCCGCCGCCCCAAAUGCUAACAUUAACCAGCCCCCUACUGUCUCAGCCCAUGUAGGCGGGGAUGUAGGGUUUGUUGGCAAUCGUCGGAGUUUCAGGCAGACUGUUUGCCGCCACUGGCUACGGUCACUGUGUAUGAAGGGUGAAGCCUGUGGCUUUCUUCAUCAGUAUGAUAAAUCUCGAAUGCCAAUCUGUCGGUUUUUUAGACUGUAUGGGGAGUGCCGUGAACAGGACUGUGUUUAUAAGCACACCAUUGAGGAUAUCAAGGAAUGCAACAUGUACAAAUUGGGGUUUUGUCCAAAUGGUCCUGAUUGUCGAUAUAGACAUGCAAAGUUGCCCGGACCUCCACCACCAGUGGAAGAAGUUCUUCAGAAAAUUCAGCAUCUGGCGUCCAACAACUAUGGUUACUCAAACAGGUUUUACCAAAACCGGAAUGCUAAUUAUUCAACACAGGCUGAGAAAUCUNCAAACCUCAAAUCUACAGCAACUGAGACACCCAUUAUACAACAGAUCCAGCCUCAUCAACAACAAGCUUUACAGACUCAACAACAGGGUGGCACAACUCAAACACAAAUUCAUCCCAAUGGCCAGCAAAAUCAAGCAGAUAGGACUGCAGUAGUUCUGCCUCAAGGAACCUCUAGGUACUUUAUAGUUAAAAGCUGCAACCGUGAGAAUCUUGAAUUGUCGGUACAACAAGGAGUUUGGGCAACUCAAAGAAGCAAUGAGGCUAAACUAAAUGAAGCUUUUGACUCCGUGGAAAAUGUUAUUCUGAUAUUUUCAGUUAAUCGGACUAGACAUUUUCAGGGUUGUGCAAAGAUGACAUCUAGAAUUGGUGGCGCUGCUAAAGGAGGAAAUUGGAAGCAUGAACAUGGAACUGCCCAUUAUGGACGUAAUUUUUCAGUAAAAUGGUUAAAGCUGUGUGAACUGUCCUUCCAGAAAACUCACCACUUGAGGAAUCCAUACAAUGAGAACUUACCAGUGAAGAUAAGCAGAGAUUGUCAAGAAUUAGAACCCUCUGUUGGUGAGCAGUUGGCUUCUUUGCUUUAUCUUGAACCAGAUAGCGAACUUAUGGCAAUCUCACUUGCAGCAGAAUCCAAGAGACAGGAAGAAAAGGCGAAGGGAGUGAACCCUGACAAUGGGAAUGAUAAUCCAGAUAUUGUACCAUUUGAAGACAAUGAAGAAGAGGAAGAUGAAGAAAGUGAGGACGAGGAUGAAAGCUUUGAUCAAGGUUUCGGACCAGCUGCUCUUGGCAGAGGAAGGGGGAGGGGAAUUGUGUGGCCUCCAAUAAUGCCUUUAGGACAUGGGCCCAGGCCUCUUCCUGGGAUGCGGGGCUUCCCUCCGGGCAUGAUGGGUGAUGGAUUUUCUUAUGGAGCUAUGACACCUGAUGGUUUUCCAAUGCCUGAUCAUUUUGGAAUGGGUCCCAGACCUUUUGGUCCAUAUGGCCCACGAUUUUCAAAUGAUAUGAUGUUUCAUGGCCGCCCUCCAGCUGGUGGAUUUGGGAUGAUGAUGGGUCCCGGAAGGCCCCCUUUCAUGGGCGGGAUGGGUCCCGGAGCGACAGGCCCACCCAGAGCUGGUCGAGCAGUUGGUAUGCAUCCAUCAUUUGUUCCACCCUCAUCUCAGCCUUCUCAAAAUCCUUAUAGGCCUAAAAGAGAACAGAGAGCUCCAGUUCAUGACAGGAAUGAUAGAUUCAGCUCCGGUUCAGAUCAAGGUAAGGGUCAGGAGAUGGCGGGCUCAGUUGGUGGACCAGAUGGAGUAAAUUAUCCCCAAAGAGGGAAAACCGAACAAGAUGCCCAGUUUGGUGCUGGAAACGGCUUCAAAAAUGAUGAAAGCGAAAGUGAGGAUGAAGCACCAAGAAGAUCAAGACAUGGGGAUGGAAAGAAGAAGAGGCGGGAUACUGAUGAUGAUGCUGCAACUGCUUCAGAAAAAUAGGUGUCAUUCUAAACUAAAUAUAGAAGUCAUCUUGUCUUUGCAGCUGUUUGUAACACAUGCUUCCACAGGGGCAAAUGUGACUAGUUUUAAAUUAUAAACCCAUCUGCCAACUGUUUUUGCAGAUUAAGAAAGAGAAGUCAUCUUACAUUCCGGCUGGGAGACAUACUAAAUGUCGCCUCCUGCCAGAAUAUUCGGCCUGACUGAGAAAUUAACAGAACUUUUAGUUAGCAAAGAACUGUACAAGUAAUUUCGUCGAGAUUCUUUGAGUUAUAUUAUAUGUCCUUUGGUGUGUAAAACAAUUACAUAUACACGCAUAGAUUAGAUACAAUUUGUGGAACA